AUGAUCACUGUCACACCUGUCACCGUCACACCUACCACCGUCACACCUGCCAUCGUCACACCUGCCACCGUCAUACUUGUCAUUGUUACACUUAUCACCGUCACACCUGCCAUCGUCACAUCUGCCACCGUCACACCUGCAACCUUCACACCUGCCAUCGUCACACCUGCCACAAUGAGAGUUGGUACCGACACACCUGCCAUCGUCACACUUGCCACCGUCACACCUGCCACCGUCCCACCUACACCGUCACACCUGCCACCGUCACACCGCAAACUGUCACACCUCCCACCGCCACAUUUGCCACCGUCACACCUGCCACCAUCACACCUGCCUCGUCACACCUACCACUGUCACACUUGCCACCGUCACACCUGCCACCGUCACACCUGCCACCGUGUCUCUUGUUACCGUCACACCUGCCAUCGUCACACCUGCCACCGUCGCACUUACCAUUGUUACACCUGUCACCGUCACUCCUGCCACUGUUAUACAUUCCACCGUCACGCCUGCCACCGCCACACCUGCCACCGUCACGACUGCCACCGUCACACCUGCCACCGUCACACCUACCACCGUCACACCUGCCACCGUCACACCUGCCACCUUCACACCUGCCAUCGUCACACACAGCCACAAUGA